AUGUUUUCUAAAGCUUCCUCCUUUGUGCUCUUGCUCGUUGCCGCGCUUUUUUUGGGGGUGCAUGCCAUUCCUGCCACUUCCAAACCGGCCCUCUCGCCGGAUCAGGCCCUUUCGCCGGAUCAGAGCUCCUCUGUUACAUCAGAAACCUCGUCGGUUGAAGUUACCACCUUCGUGCAAAGAUGGGACUCCCUAUCCCAGUCAUUCACCCAGACUCAAUCCACUUUCGAGCAGCGAGUCGAUGUAAGCGUCGCAUACCAAUCAGUCCAAACACUCUGCCAGAGUUAUCAAUCGACAGUUACCGAGUACCAAUCCUGCCCCUCUUGCAGUCGUGGCUUGGCUCAAAGUAACUUCCGAACACAAUUCCAGCAAACCAUAACGACAAUGUACACCUCUUUCCAAAGAAUUAUCAUUGUUGGUCAAGCGAACUACCGUGCCCAAUGGCAAACGAAAUUUGCUCAGCUAUUCCAAAGGAUGAGCUCAUUCGGAAGAUUCUGCCAGACCAUCGCUCUCAGUCUCCACCUCGACUUGGGUGCCCUUUUGAAAGGUCUCGGUAUCAACCUCAACCUAUUCGUGAACAUCGGAAUUGACCUUGGUGGACUCCUUGGUGGACCGAGUGGGGGCUUGCUCAGCAAUCUUCUUAAUUGA